CUAGGUGCUAGCAUGUAUAGACAAAACGUUAUCUUAAAGUGACAGCGCGCUGCACUGUGUACUCUUCUCUGCUACAGCAAUGACUUCAUAGAUCUCUACAGACAAGCAGGGCUGGACGUCUGCGGGUAAUGUGACGUGAAGGUUUUCCUGCACGCUUCAUGUCACCCGAUGAAGAUGACUGCAGUUGAUAUGAUCUGCUAUCACACGUCUGCGAGUCCGGGAUAAUGCAACGAGUCAACAAAAACGUGGUGUUGGCUGUGCUGACAGCCGCAAGUACCUUGUUUCUUCUGUUUCAGCUGUACUACUACCGAUACUAUAUAUCUGCAAAGAAUGGCCCUGCUUUCUCCAAGAUGAAGGGAAGUUUGGCUGCACAAGACAGUACACAUUGGAGAGUGGUUAAGAGCUUCUUAAACCUGGUUACCAACCACAAUGUACCAGUUUUUCUAGUGGACACUCAAAUUUUGGGACCUCUAAGUAAGGAUUUAGAACAGUUGAAGAGCUCACCAGAUAGUUUGCCACCUGGAUGUCAACAUUUCUGCAAGCAGAGAGACAUCACCACAUUUGGACUGCUGGACAAGAUAUGGGAACAUAAAGGUGGCAUUUUUCAAGCAGCAGAGAAGUUGGGAUUUCAGUGGCAGAAAUAUGAUGGAAGAGAUCCACGACUGGAAGGGAUGGAUGAUCUCUCAGGCACAGAAAUACCUCUUCAUUAUAUAUUCAAAAUGGCCGCUCACACAAUACAUUUAGUAGUCUUUUAUGAAAGAAGUGGCAACUACCUCUGGCACGGCCCUUUAAGACUAAAGAGAAAUAUGGACAGAAAGUUUGCACCUUUUCGAAAGCUUCAGUUUGGCCAAUACGCUGGGGCUUAUAGUAGUGCUGAUCUGGUCCAGAUUACUGUGGAAAAAAUACAGGUGAAGAUCCCAAGAGACCCCUCGCUAUUUUUAUCUGAGGUUUCAAAUGCAAGGUUCUUAGAGUGCCGCUAUAAAGAAGCUCGGUCAUUUUUUAAGCUCUAUCCUGACGACACAUCACUGGAUGGGAUAGAAUUUAGAAAGAAAGCCAAAGCACUGUUACACAUGGCAGCUUCCACCUUGGACUCGUUGGGUGUGGCUUUCUGGAUCAGCAGUGGGACAUGUUUAGGUUGGAUAGUCUCCAAUUGGAUAUCUGGUCCUGAUCUAGUUCCGGCGUUUGAGAAGGCCGGGCUGCCACUGAAGCACAGAUUUGGCAUGGUAGAAGAUAGCUUGGAACUCUCUUUUCUUGGGAGAGAUGAUGUGAAACUUGACAUUUUUUUCUUCUAUGAAGAAGAUGACUAUAUGUGGAAUGGUGGCACACAAGCCAAAAGUGGCAAGAAAUUUAAAUACCUGUUCCCAAAAUUUACACUUUGCUGGACAGAAUUUUUGGAGCUCAAGGUCCAAGUCCCAUGUGAGACUGUAGAUUAUAUAGAAGCAAAUUACGGCAAGAAUUGGGAUGUUCCUAUUAAAGUCUGGGACUGGAAAAACUCUCCAUCCAAUGUUCAGCCCAAUGGAGUGUGGCCUGUUGAUGAGUGGGAUGAAGUCAUUCAAUUAUUUUAAUCGAAAUGUGAAAAUGUAAAACUUGGAUUUACAAUGCAACAUAAGUUUAUUAGAAUAGAGUUUUUCCAUGCACGGUACCACUUGCAGGACAACGAGUGACUUUCUUUGCAAUCUAGAAUUCGGUUUGUGAUAUGUGUGCACUGGUAACUGAAGAGAAAACCACGGCACUCUAGGUGCUGUUUCGUUAAAUGCUUAUUUAUUGGAAAGCUUUUUUUUUAUUUAUUUUUUAAC